AAUGGUGGUGUUAAACAAGAUGAACUCACUAGUCAAGGAAUGGAUUAAAAAUAUUGCUAUAGAAAAGAAUAUGCCGCCUAACGUUGCAGAAACACUUGGUGGAAAGAUUUACACCUUUGGUUCUUACAGACUUGGAGUGCACACAAAAGGUGCUGAUAUAGACACGUUGUGUGUAGCACCCAGACAUGUCGACCGGUCAGAUUUCUUUUCAUCAUUCGUCGAACUGUUAAAGAACCAACCAAACGUAAAAGAUCUCAGGGCUGUCGAGGAGGCAUUUGUUCCUGUGAUAAAGUUGGUGUUUGACGGCAUAGAGCUUGAUCUAACAUUUGCCAGACUGGCACUGAGAGAAGUCCCUGACGAUCAGAGCUUACAGGAUGACUCGCUUCUGAAGAACCUGGAUCCAAAGUGUGUUCGAAGUCUAAAUGGGUGUAGAGUAACAGAUGAUAUUUUGAACCUGGUUCCAAACCGGGAGAACUUUCGACUGGCAUUGAGAGCAAUAAAGCUGUGGGCAAAGAGGCACGGUAUCUACUCAAACGUGCUCGGUUUCCUCGGUGGUGUCUCUUGGGCCAUGCUUGUUGCUCGCACGUGCCAGCUCUACCCGAAUGCUGCUGCCGCAACUUUAGUAAACAAGUUCUUUCUCGUCUUCUCCAAGUGGCCCUGGCCACAGCCAGUGCUCCUGAAGCAGCCAGAAGAGAACAAGUUAGGAUUUCCGGUCUGGGACCCCAGGGUGAAUCCUUCAGACCGCUACCACCUGAUGCCAAUCAUCACGCCCGCCUAUCCACAACAGAACUCCACUUUCAAUGUGUCCAUGUCUACCCGAACAGUCAUGGUGCAGGAUUUUAAAGAGGGUUUAGAAAUCACAGAUAAUAUCACUCUUGGUAAGGCGGAUUGGGCCAAGCUGUUUGACCCACCAAAUUUCUUCCAGAAGUAUAAGCACUACAUAGUCUUACGGGCAUCAGCUGCCACACAAGACCACCACCUAGAGUGGGUGGGAUUGGUGGAGUCAAAAAUCCGGAUUCUGAUUGGAAACCUGGAGCGCAAUCAGUACAUUCAGCUAGCACACGUCAACCCUCAGUCGUUCAGUGACCCUAAUGAAAGUAGCGAAAACAUACAGUACCUAUCCAUGUGGUUCAUUGGGCUUUCAUUCCACAAAGUAGAGAAUGUCAACAUAGACCUCACAUAUGAUAUUCAGACCUUCACAGACACAGUGCAUCGGCAGGCAGUGGCCAUAAGCAUGUACAAGGAAGGCAUGAAGAUAGAGGCAAGGCACGUGCGUCGAAAGCAGCUAACCGAGUACCUACCCUCGAGCGUCAUCACGCGUGGACGUGAGAAGCGACGGACCCUUGACAAGGAUGUGUCAAAGGUGAUGCCCAACAAGUUAGAUCUGGGUGAGGAAACAGUAGUGAGGGAGCUUCACACUAGCAAGUCUGACACAGAUCUGCUGCGAAAGCUUGCAACAGGAGCUCUGUCAGGUGUCUCCACCUACAGUGAAGAUUCCGUGUCACAAGACUCGAUCUCACCAGGUCCUACGGUGGGUGACCAGUCAGCGCCCCCUCAGGAGGUGCCACAAGAAGCUGCACUCACCAAUGGUGCAGCACCACCAUCAGAAGCCCCAGUAAAGCUGCACUUGGGCGAAGAAGAGCAAGAGGAGGAUGAUGAGGAGAGGGAUUUACCUAAGCCUCCACCAAAACGACCACAUUCCCCAGGCUACGAGGCCCCGGUGAAGCGCAUAGAAAUAGAGACAGUGCGAGAGAAGGGAGAUGAGGGGGCAGAUGCAAGCAUAGUGAGUACGCAGGGAGUUGAUACGUCUGUGGACCAAGAUUCCUCCAUGCAGGUAGAUGAGGUAGCUAUGAUACCGGACACCCGCACUGACUCGUCCGUGCCACCCCCCAGCCUGAUUAUAGAUAAGCAGCGACUGCCGAGCACGAAUGAGUUACCCGACAUGCUCAGUCCACAGCCUGUGCCUGAGACGAUGAUGAAGAACUCUAUCAGACUGCGGCUGAAAUGACCAGCAAAGCUGUGACCCCAGCCUUGGUGAGAAGCGUAGACACAGUGCCUGAGAAAAAGUCCCCGUGCAGCAGGUCAUCAAUGGCCGUACGAGAAUCCAGCCAAGGACAGCAGCAACAGCAGCAACAGCGACCAUACACGAGGCGACCCCUGGGAUGGGAGUUACGAGAGACUGCGGGAAGCCGGGGAGAAGCCAACGGAUAGUUGCAGCUGGUCUCUUAGGGGCCAUAAUAGUGGUGCCGUAAGAGUUGCGUUGGAGGGUUGAACAUGAGGUAUCACACGUUACUUUUCGUUGUUGUGGGCAUUAUCUUUCCUUUCGUUCUCGUGGCUUACAGUUGAGUGACUGUGUAUACAGGGAUGAGAAAGUUUUGAGUAGUGCAUUUCAAGUGAGACUUGGGAAAGAUAGGCAUUGGUAUUGAUAUGUGCUUGGAUAUAUGCACGACACUGUGUUUGUGUGUGCGUGCGUGCGUGCGUGCGUGGGUGCGUGCGUGCGUGCGUGCGUGUGUGUGUGUGUGUGGGGGGGGGGGUUAUGUGCGUGCAUACUUACGUGCGUGCGUGCGUGCGUGCGUGUGUUUAGGAUGGUGCGUGAGUAUUUGUGUGCACGCGUUUCUGUGUUGAGCAUACAGGUGCUCACAUUAAAGUUAGUGUGUAUGUGGGAGGGUGUGUUUAUGUCAAAUGCACACGCAGAUGUGGUCCCAAGUUCAUUCAUAUGAAAGUGUGUUUCCGUGUUGUAUCUAUGUGUAAAGUUACAUGGUAUACUUCUACUUUUAGUUUACUUUUGCUGUUCGCGUGAUAACGAAAUGCCACAUUAUUUUUCAGCAUAAAGGAAUUGGAAAAACAAAUCGCUGCUAGAUUCUGUGAAUUGUUAAACUUUUUUCCAAAGAUUCAGUCAUUAGUUCACGCAGGCGGCAGUGUACGGAGAUCAAUGGUUUCAGUCCCAUAUUGCAAUAUUGUAAAUAUAAUGAACACAAAAAGCCUAAAAUAAAAAAAUGUGCCGUGUUCACAUAAAUUAAAUACAACUAGGAACCAAUAUUGGGUGUUGUAAAUUUCGAAAAUAAUCAAUAAGACAUUUGAUUAUGUUGUAUGACGUGUAUGAUAAUGAUAACGGUGUAGCUGUGCUUACAUUAUAUAUGCCGCUCUGUAAACUUGUGCGCUGCUGUUUUUUUUUUUUUAAUAUGAGGUCAUUUAGGUAAUUGAAAUGCAAAAGGUCCCAACGAUUAAUUCGGCUGCUAUUUCUUAUUAACAGAUUAUGAAGUGAAACUGUGGUGCUUUAUUUGCUUUUAGUAAGUGUUUUACGACCGUUACAGAAUACCGGGUGUGUCUGAGAAUGCACCCUGCCACACGCGCUUACCGUUGCAUCACUAUCGCUAUGUUGAGUUCAGCUUUUCUUCUCACAAAUCACUAUUCGUGUUGACCAAUUCUCCGUGCUUUGAGUCAGAUAUGGCAAGGCAUCCUUUUGUACUGGUACAAGUGUGAAGUGGUGUCAUUGGGGGUUUCAUUAGGGAUCAAAGGAAUGUUGGUAUGUGCGGCCAGUGCUUGAUACGAUGGUUUUGACACCAUUAGUGUAACCUAUACUGUAAAUAAUAUACAGAGACUUUAAUAAAAAAAUAAUAAAAAAACUAAAAAUUAAUAUUUUAUUACAAAACAGUA